AAUCAACUUCGUUUUAUAUUUGGUACACCGAGAUCAAAUUGACACCAUACACACAGGGGAGACGACAGUCUGGUUCACAUUUGUUUGGACUAGUCUGAAGAGGUUUUACAGACCAAAUUGGAAAUAAUAAUGGAGUAUCGAUCUAAUGGCCAACUUGGAGUUGAAGUACGUGGAAUUGAUCUCAAGAAAACAGUACCAGACAAUAUUCUUGAGAAGAUUAAAAAGGAUAUACAUGAACAUAAACUCCUGAUAUUUAAAAACCAAGGUGAAAUCACCGCUGAACGCCAUCUGGAAAUCAGUCGAUGGUUCGGAGAACUGGAUUCCAAACAUAUAAAGCACAAAAGAUCACCCCAUCCUGAUAUUCUUCGUGUUUCUAAUGAUAGCACGGAAGGAUGUGUGGGCUUUAAUCGAGACGGUUGGCAUAUUGAUGGUAGUUUUAUAGAAAAGCCAUUCAGGUUCUGUAUAUUAAAUAUGGUAUCUGUACCAAGAGAAGGCAGUACAGCCUUUAUUUCUCUGAAUGAUUUGAUCAAUCAACUAACACCCGAAAAGAGAGAACAGUGGAAUUCACUUCAUGGAAUAUUCAGACAAUAUGGUUAUGAAAAUAUACAUCCAUUGAUCUAUCCACAUCCAGUUACCUGUCAACCGACGAUGUGCUUCAAUUUAGGACUUAUCGAAGAAUGUAUAUUUGAUUUUGGCGGGAAAGAUGAAAGGUUCCUUAAAAACGAUGAAACAGAAGAUGCAUUGAAAGAUAUUGACAAAGAAAUAAAGCAAAGCAACGGUCUUAUUUAUAAGCACAAGUGGGAGGAAGGUGACCUGAUUAUUAGUGACAAUCUAGCCGUGGGACACGAGGCCACUCCGGAAACCCAGUAUCCAGUUUCACAAAUUGGGCUCCGUAUUUUACACAGAACGACGAUUAAGGGUGUCAAUACCCCUUCGAAAUAAAUUUAACCAACUCUUCACAGCUUGUUUAUCUUGUCUAGCCACGAACCCCAACCCCCACUUUCAGACAAUUAAUUAGUCCCUUUUAUCUUGUUUUUGUAUAUCAUAACCCCAUUGUUUCAUAGGCCUUUGAUCUUGUUGUUGCUAUGAAUGGUUUCAACCUUUUGUUGUAAUUUUGUCUAUAUAUGUUGCUUCAAAUUUUGUUAUAUUGUAUUAGCUUGAAAACGUCGAGAGAAUACUCGUCGAAACGUCGCCUAAAUAAAUCAGUAGCUGUUUUCCAUAAGUGUGUUUAUAGUUUAUUGAGCUCCAACUUGUUUACUAUAUAAGUGUAAACUCGAACUUUUAUGUUUGGGUAACCUUAAGUGGAUUACCUAUUGUAGUUAUUAUUAUUAAUAUUAUUCUUAUUAAUAUUAGCGCUUGAAAGCCACAACUAAAUGUGUAUGUUUUAUGAUCUCUUGGUUUGUAAUCAUUGUUAUUUUUAGUGCUUGAAAGUCGCGGUUUUUUUUAUAGCAUUCGCACAAAUAGAUUUGCAUGUUUUCUGAUCCUUUUUGAGUUUUAUAACCUAAUUGUCGUGUUGUAACAUAAAUGUUGUGUUGUAACAUAAAUGUUGUGUUGUAACGUAAUUGUCGUACUGUAACGUCAUUGUCGUAUUCUAACGUAAUUAUUGUGUUGUAACAUAAUUGUUGUCUUGUAACCAAAUAACAUAAUUGUUGUCUUGUAACCAAAUAACAUAAUUGUCGUGUUGUAACGUAAUUGUCGUACUGUAACGUCAUUGUCGUAUUCUAACGUAAUUAUUGUGUUGUAACAUAAUUGUUGUCUGGUAACCUAAUAACAUAAUUGUCGUGUUGUAAUGUAAUUGUUGUAACCUAAUUGUGUUGUAAUUGUUGUGUUGUAACUUAAUUGUAAUUAGGGAAUAUGUUUUUGCUUAACGCCUGUUUGUUUCACAAUAAACAUGCCGAACUCACUAAGGAUUGGGAAACAAACAGGUUCAUCAAAAACAUAUUCCCUAAUUAAAAUUGAUAUACCUACUUUUAUUUUAAUUAAGGGAAGCUGGGUUUGGAUAAGCUCUGCAUGUUUCCCCUGUCCAUAUUUAGGAAACAUGGAAUAGAAAUAUUGCUUCAAUUAACCAGUGAAAUUUGAAAUUAAAUGAAAUGGGGUUUUACGUCCGACUGGGCUAAUGAGAAAAAUGUUGCC